GAGCCCAGCACCGGAAGUAGCCGAGGUAGAGGACCUCAACACCUUUUUAAUCCUCUGAGCGAGAGCUAGCGCAGAAAUGCACACUCCUUCCUGCUGGGCUGCUCUCAUCACCACUGCUGAGCACCGAGCACUGAGGGGGAGUUUGGACUCGUGUGGGAUUUGACAGAGCACCUUUUAAAUGACUGAACCUGAGUAAACAUGGACCAGGAUGAGUUCGAGGACAUGGAUUCACAUGGACAGUGGCAAAAUCUGUAUAAUGAAAUCCGUAACCAGUCUCAAGAAUGUUCCUACAAGGUGGCACAAUUCCCAGAAAAUCGGAACAGGAACAGAUACAGAGACGUCAGUCCAUAUGAUCACAGUCGGGUGAGAUUAGAAAAUUUAGAAAAUGACUACAUAAACGCCAGCUUGAUAACCAUGGAGGAAGCUCAGAGAAACUACAUACUGACCCAGGGACCCUUGACUAAUACUCGUGGUCACUUCUGGUUAAUGAUCUGGGAGCAGCGGUCCAAAGCGGUCAUCAUGCUCAAUAGAGUCAUAGAAAAAGGCUCAGAGAAAUGUGCUCAGUACUGGCCCUCUGAAGAAGAGAAACAAAUGUAUUUCAGUGACACAGGGUUUGUGGUGAUUUUAGUGUCUGAAGAUGUUGAAGCCUAUUACACAACAAGAGUGCUGGAGCUUCAAAACAUCAGAACAGGAGAAAGAAAAGACAUCUACCACUUUCAUUUCACCACUUGGCCUGACUUUGGUGUGCCUGAGUCCCCUGCAUCUUUCCUCGACUUCUUAUUCAAGGUUCGACAGUCUGGCUCAUUGGAGCCUGAGAAUGGGCCGGCUGUGGUCCACUGCAGUGCCGGGAUUGGCCGAUCAGGGACGUUCUCAUUGGUUGAUACCUGCUUGGUCCUGAUGGAUAACAGGAAAGACACUUCAUCUGUAGACGUACAGAAAGUUCUGUUGGACAUGAGGGAGUAUCGCAUGGGCCUCAUUCAAACCCCAAACCAGCUUCGCUUCUCUUACAUGGCCAUAAUGGAGGGAGCCAAGUACAUCUUGGAGGAUUCCAUCCUGAAGCAGCAAGGACAGAAGAGGUCUAACAAGAACAAGGAGCCGCAGACUGACCUGGGCUCAGCUGUGCAGGACGUUGCAAGACCGCAAGAUGAAGUGAUUGGUCUGACUUCAAAGCUAGGAGGAGAAAAGGAUCAAAUGGUGUUGGGAAAAGAAGAGCAGCAAGCAGAUUUAAAACCAGAGAGCUUGCGAAAGCGACAUCGUGAGGAGCGGAUAGCCAGCACAGCACAGAAGGUCCAGCAGAUAAAGCAGAAGCUGAGCGAAGUGGAGAAGAAGAGAGAGAGUUGGCUUUACUGGAGGCCCAUCCUCUUGAAUGUAGGAGCUGGAACAGCUUUAGCACUGGGACUGUUCAUGUGCUGGGCUUUUCUCUCCCAGUGACGUGUCUAUAAUCUUAAACUUUUUACACUCAGACUUUUUGAUUCACUGUGAGAUUGAAGCCAGUGUGCUCUCUGAUAAUAAAAGGCCUGGGUUUUUUUUCCCUCUUUGUUUUGUUUUCUUUUCCUCUGCAAACCGAGGCUGCUCACUAGGACAGUCUGCCUGAUUUCAUGAAUGAAAUAUUUAUACUGAUUGCAUACAAGCCCUGUAACUUGGCUCUUGAAAAUUUCAGUGUUUUAAAAGCUUGGUGUGUUAGCACUACUCCAAAAUAUGCUUGCUCCAGAAAGACAUUUUUAUAAACUGAAAUUGGUUUUAGUAAAUUGCUCUGUGGUCUUUGGAUGUUUUGGGAAUGGAAGAUAUCCCUCAGUUUGUCAUUUUUAGUACAUGUUCUUACAUCUCAGGAGGUAUUGUUAAUAAACGGAAUAUGAAAAAUGCCACUGAAUUUAA